AUGCAUCGUCUUUUUGCUGAGCUGGAGCCAUCUUUAAUCGUCACAGAGCAAAACCUGGCAGACCGAGUUCGGUAUAUCUUGCGCUCAAAUAUAUUUGAUGUCCCCGAACUCGAACGGCUACGACGUGAGGCUGUUCCCUCGUCGGAUGAGAAUGCUACGGCUGAGGAUGCGGCGCCACAAAUGGUAGAGCAACCCGCAAACGUGGAUGCCGCCGUGAAUACCCCAGUUGUGGUUGAUUCAAACGAUGAUGGAACAGUCGCCCAGGAACUGGAAUUAGAGCAUAUGAGGAGUAUAUUGGAAGAGGCGAUUGUGGAAACGCGCAGUACGCCUCUCGAAAAUCGACCGCGACUUCCCCGCAUAGCCCUAAGCAAGCGGAAUCGGGCUGUCGUGAGGGCUCUGAACCCAAUGCUGGUUACCUAUUUGGAAGCCAGCCGGGACCUUUGCGAGACGGACUCAAUUCUUUUUGGCGCCGCGCUGGCAGUCUGCCGUAUCAUAGGCGCCAAGGUUUCCACGGCUGGACGCGCUACUGGCCAUAGUAGCGCUAUCCCAGCAUGGAGAAGAAGAAUUGAGGAACGUAUCGCAAAGGCUAGAGCUCUCAUCGGCAGACUGAUAUGCUUCAGAUCAGGCAACAACAGGCCAAGAAUUGUGCGCACCGUCAGGAUGGCGUUUGCUGGGACAAAUGUCAGUUUGUCCCAGCCGGAUAUAACGCAAAAACUGACGGAGCGCAUAGAUGAUCUGAAGCAGAGAAUCGCUGCUUGGGGAAAGCGGAUUCGGCGAUAUACCGAGAGGUCGACACGGUUCAACCAGAAUCGUCUCUUCCAGAGUGAUCAGAAGAGGCUCUAUGAAUCAUUGGAGCGACCAAUGGUAAGUGGAACGGGUCCAGCACCGAAUCAGGCCGACACUGUAGCAUUCUGGCGCGGCCUGUGGUCAGAGCCCGUAAACCACAGCGAGGGCCCUUGGACGGAAGUUGUGGCGAGUCAGUGUGCGGGUAUUACGCCCAUGGACCCCGUCAUCAUAACGCCGGAUGACGUAGCUGAGGCGGUUCGUAGGGCCCCGAACUGGAAAAGUCCGGGGCUUGACGGGCUGCAUCACUACUGGCUGAAGGGGUUCAUGGUGUGUCACUCUGUGCUCGCCCGACAGUUUCAAGAGGCUCUCAACCAGAAGUCGCUCCCAAGCCUCUUCACUACUGGGAUCACUCAUUUAGUUCCUAAAGACCAGGCCUCUAUCAAAAUGGUUUUAAAUGCCGCUGUACAAAUGUUAAGGGAGGCAGAUGAAUUGAAACAGAAAAUUUUAAAGUUUAGUAGUGGAACAUCAAUGCUUCAAGACCGUAGCCUAUGGACCACCCAACAGCAGUUGCAAAAUGUUUAUCAGAAAAUACUUAUGGUUGAUCUUGAUUAUGCAUUGGAAAAAAAAGUUGAACAAGAUCUUUGGAAUGUUGGCUUUAAACAACAAAUUGAAGCAUUACAAAUUAUUUCAAAAGAUAGGAAGAACCCCCUCCGCAGUGAAGGUCAAGCUAUGUUAUCAUGGAUUCUGCAGGCUGCGGCCGGGUUCUACCUUUGUUUGCUUCAUCAGAUCUGCACGACAUUUAAACUGGAUUUACCCUUCAGACGUCGAGCCUCACUUUUGGGCUCCGUGGAAGCGUGGGGACCUGGCGCAACCGCAGCCCCCGCUGCAGCCCGAUACGCUAGCCAACAUUGUCUGGUUCAUCUUGGAGACUUGGCCCGUUACCGCCAACAGCUUCGUGUCGCCCACACUUUCUACCGUCAUGCUUUGGCUGUAUCACCUCACUCGGGCCAGCCCUACAACCAACUGGCUCUUGUGGCUUGGCGCCGUGGAAGGCGCUUGGCUGCGUUGUAUUGGCAUGUUCGCUCACUAAUGGUUCGAGCGCCAUUUCCGCCCGCGCCUGCUAAUUUAGCUCGAACUUUGGCUGCUGCCAGCCGCGAUGUCAAGGAAGCCCCUCCGAUGCCAGUUUUACCAGGGUUGACUAAACCCGUUUCCAACCCAACACCUGUUAAGCCUGAGCGACUGGACGCACAUUCCUACGUCACUGAGCUCAUCCGAGCUAUCAACAGUAUUCACACUGUGGAACAACUAGACGAUGCGGCUAUAUUAGUAAACACGUUAAACACAUCACUUACCCCAUUAGUUGCAACCGACAGCUUCGAGUCUAUGACGUUAAUAAAGAUGUCAUGUGUCCUGAUUUGGUUGGUGCAGUCUUCGAGUGAGGAUUUGAGCUCUGAGAGUGCCCUCAGUGCAGACGAAGCAACGGCUGCUCGACUUGCAGCUUCACUUGCUGCGAGCACUGUUCUAUCUCUACUGCUUCCCGCUUAUACUGCACCCGAGCUACCAAAGAAGGCUCUACCUGCUUUGAAAGUUUGGCUUCACUGGAUGGUGGGCAAGCCUCAGGCGCUGGAGGCGGCGGCAUGGCGCGCGCGGCCGCAGAUGUGGCCGGCGCUGGCGCACACCCUGGCUGCGCUGGCGCCGCGUGCCGCCCUGCUGCCUGCGGACCUCUGUGAGUGUAACCCUGAACAUUGUGCAUAUACACUGGAUGGAGGGCAGGCCUCAGGCGCUGGAGGCAGCAGCGUGGCGCGCGCGGCCGCAGAUGUGGCUGGCGCUGGCGCACACCCUGACUGCGCUGGCGCCGCGUGCCGCCCUGCUGCCCGCGGACCUCUGUGA